UUUAAAAUGUCAACAUAAGUUUGAAGAUAAGAAAGUGAAUUAUCUGUUUUAUUUUGUUUCGGUUAAAUAUGAUUUGUUUGAAUAAGCUUAUUUUUCGUAAAUAAAAGAUUUAUCUUCAAAUCCAUCGAGUAAAAUGAGAUAAUGGGUAGGUGAUGGCAAAAGAAGUUAGUAAUAUACAGGAAUAUGUCAAAGAAUAUACAACUGAUUUGUCGAGUCUGUCUGAGGAAAUGUAAAAGCAGACAUGUUUCACUACUAGACGUUUUUCAAAUAAAUGCGGAACAGGCAUCAGUAACAUAUGCCGAGGCUUACAAGGAUUGUACUCAAUUGGAAAUCGAAAUUGGCGUGGAUGGCUUACCCGUGUGGCUGUGUAAUAGCUGCAGUCGAGAUCUUCAAUAUGCUUAUGAGUUUAGGAUUAAGGCAAAGAAAAGUGCUGGCACACUCCUUAUUCAGAUAAGAGCUCAAAACGAAGAAAAAUCUCGCCGGGUACCAUCACCAUCCGAAUUUGAGUUACCUGAUAAUAAUGCAGCGCUGGGUUAUGCUCUCGCUGAUGCCGACGUAAUUGAUGCAUGUAGUAGGCAAGUGAUGGAAUGUGACAAAGAUCCGCUGGAGGAGUCAGACAGUGACAAUGAAGUAAGAGGUGAAGUUGCUCCAGCUAUAAAUAAGCUAGAAUCACACACUUCAUCUCAGACCAACUCUGAUUUUAUUUAUGACAGCGAAGACGAAAAGCCUCUAAAAUUACUUAUGACUGGAAAUCAAUCUGAAGUUGUGAGCCCUUUUGAAAAGGAUCAAUGUUCAUUCGAUGACGAUGACGAGUUUAUUGCUGAAGAAAAUACGACUAAAGAAAUUACUGAUCCAAUGUUUUCGCCAGAAGCACAAAUUUUUCCAAAAGGACGAUUCAAAUGUGCUAUUUGUGAACAGCGGUAUUUUACUGCAGCUGGUUUGAAGGCACACAUGGAGGUUCAUUUAGCGAAAAGUUGCAUAACAAAAAAGAAACGUGGACGAAAUAAACAACGUAAAGCUCCAAAAAAAGUUAACAUUAAUGAAGACUGUGAAAACUUGAUUUUGAAUCCAACUAACGAUGAUGAAAAACUUGCCACCGAAGAAACAAAGUAUCAGCAAGAACAGCAAUCACAUGAAAAACCACCUAAAUCGAAAGAACCCAAACCAAAACGCAUGUUUCCGUGUCAUGUAUGCGGUAAACAUAUGAUAUCGGCUUCCAAGCUGCGCUACCAUAUGGUAAUGCACACUGGUGAAAAGGACUAUCUCUGCACAAUGUGCCCAAAAGCAUACUCCACGAUUUAUGCGCUUAAGCACCAUAUACGUACACAUACUGGUGAAAGACCGUAUGAGUGUAAGUUUUGCGGAGACCGUUUUCUGCGACCGACCACACUUAAAAGUCACCAGCGCCGUCACACAGGCGAACGUCCUUAUGGCUGUGAUAUAUGUGGUAAACGCUUCAUACAGCACUCGUCGAUGACAACACACAUGAAGCUUAAUCAUAUGGAUAAAACUAUACAAUGUCCGCACUGUGAUAAAAAAUACGCACGUCAAACCGAUUUGAAUACGCAUUUACUUAGUCACACCGGGGAUAAACCGUAUUCAUGUCAGUUGUGCCCCAGUCGCUUUGUGCGCCAAGCAAAUCUCAAUAAGCACAUGAAUCAACAGCAUGCUGAAAAGACUAAUUUAUCCAAAUGCACGCAGCUAAUUGACGAUGCCAAAGCAGAAGCAAAUGGAAGUGUUGCUGUUCCAGACAAAUCACACGACUACACUGUGGGUAAAUUAACUGAUAAAAGUAUGCUAAGUGAAGCAAUGACAAGUGAUUUUGUGGAUAAGUGUUACAAUUUCAACAGAGGAUCCUGUUCAGAGAUAUAUUGGUCACCGCAAAACGUGUUUUUUGAGAGGGGCUUCCGGAGAUCAGCUGUAGUUCCUUUCCAAAUUCGAACACAUGACUGUCAUAUACUCAACAAAUAAGUCCCCAGCGGCCAUCUAAUUCACGUCUACAUAACUGCAGCUGCACAGUAGCGCCGGCCAGUAAUAAAGUGCCAGUCAGCGCGCAUAAUUGCGAUAUCACAUCUGCAGACGCUCAUGAAGUUUGAUGAAUUUAAACGCAACGCUCUCAAGCCGCGACUAGCAAACGUCACGUCAGCUAAUAAAGUCUGCCAAAAAAUUGUAUGCGAAAUUCGCAAAUCGCUUGCUGCAAUGCAACUUACAGCACUCCACUAAAAUAUAUUAAAUCAUAAAUGCUAUUAUUUUGAAAAAAUUGUUGGCCUGCGCGCUUCGACAAAUUACUGCUAAAUAAUAUAGACAACAAAGCAAUUCGGUGCACAGCAACCACAAAAGCGAAAAUAGAAAAAUACAACAACAAAAAAGGGGAAAAUGGUUGCCGAAAUAUUGCUGCAAGCAUAAGCUGUGCCAACAAAUGCUUAACAAGUUGUCGUUGCCGCUUUAACUGCUGUGCACUUUGCCAAAGUGCGCGUACUUUGGCUCGCGUUCGUCGCUUAAGUCUUUUGUAUCGCUUGAAGUGUGCUGGGUGUUGACUGCUGAAGGUGACUUUCGGCGGCACUUCAUUAUGUUGCUACAGCUGUGGAGGCAUCUGGUGCUGAUUGCCUUGCAGAUAGCUGUAUUUGUUGUUGUUGUAAGAUAUUUUUACUAUUAUUGAUAUAUUUUAUUGUUGAAUAAAUUUACGGAAAUUGUUUAUACAUAUACA